CCGAGCCCCGCGCGGGCGGGCGGUAUGCCCCGCGGCCGCCGCACUUUGGCCAGAGCGCUGCCCUGAGCCUGUGGGCCCAGCACGCAGCGGGCGGGCGGGCGCUGCGGGCGCCAUGGAGCAGUGGCGGCAAUGUGGCCGCUGGCUUAUCGAUUGCAAGGUCCUGCCGCCCAACCACCGGGUCGUGUGGCCCUCGGCCGUGGUCUUCGACCUGGCACAGGCGCUGCGCGACGGCGUCCUCCUGUGCCAGCUGCUACACAACCUCUCCCCCGGCUCCAUUGAUCUCAAGGACAUCAACUUCCGGCCGCAGAUGUCCCAGUUCCUGUGUUUGAAGAACAUACGUACCUUCCUUAAAGUCUGCCACGACAAAUUUGGCUUAAGAAACAGCGAGCUGUUUGACCCCUUCGACCUCUUUGACGUCCGAGACUUUGGCAAGGUCAUCUCCGCGGUGUCCAGACUCUCACUUCACAACUUGGCCCAGAACAAAGGCAUCAGGCCCUUUCCCUCGGAGGAGACCGCGGAGAACGAUGAUGACGUCUACCGCAGCCUGGAGGAGCUGGCAGACGAGCACGACGUGGGGGAGGACAUCUAUGACUGCGUCCCGUGCGAGGAUGAAGGGGACGACAUCUACGAGGACAUCAUCAAGGUGGAGGUGCAGCAGCCCAUGAAAAUGGGAAUGACAGAGGACGACAAGAGGAACUGCUGCUUGCUGGAGAUUCAGGAGACCGAGGCCAAGUACUGCCGGACCCUGGAGGACAUUGAGAAGAACUACAUGACCCCCCUGAGGCUGGUGCUGAGCCCGGCGGACAUGGCAGCCGUCUUCAUCAACCUGGAGGAUGUCAUUAAGGUGCAUCACAGUUUCCUGAGGGCCAUCGACGUGUCCAUGAUGGCGGGGGGCAGCACUCUGGCCAAGGUCUUCCUGGACUUCAAGGAAAGGCUCCUGAUCUAUGGGGAGUACUGCAGCCACAUGGAGCACGCCCAGAACACGCUGAACCAGCUCCUCGCCAGCAGGGAGGACUUCAGACAAAAAGUCGAGGAAUGCACGCUGAAGGUCCAGGACGGCAAGUUUAAGCUGCAGGACCUGCUGGUGGUGCCCAUGCAGAGGGUCCUCAAAUACCACCUGCUUCUGAAGGAACUUCUGAGCCAUUCCACCGACCGGCCAGAGAGGCAGCAGCUCAAAGAAGCGCUGGAGGCCAUGCAGGACUUGGCGAUGUACAUAAACGAAGUUAAGCGGGACAAGGAGACCCUGAAGAAAAUCAGCGAAUUUCAGAGCUCUAUAGAAAAUCUGCAAGUGAAACUGGAGGAAUUUGGCAGACCGAAGAUCGAUGGGGAACUGAAGGUCCGGUCCAUAGUCAACCACACCAAGCAAGACAGGUACUUGUUCCUGUUUGACAAGGUGGUCAUCGUCUGCAAGAGGAGGGGCUACAGCUACGAGCUGAAGGAGGUCAUCGAGCUGUCCUUCCACAAGGUGACCGACGACCCUAUGAACAACAAGGACGUCAAGAAGUCUCAUGGGAAAAUGUGGUCCUACGGCUUCUAUCUAAUUCACCUUCAAGGAAAGCAGGGCUUCCAGUUUUUCUGCAAGACGGAAGACAUGAAGAGGAAGUGGAUGGAGCAGUUUGAGAUGGCCAUGUCGAACAUCAAGCCCGACAAAGCCAACGCCAACCAGCACAGCUUCCAGAUGUACACGUUCGACAGGACCACCAACUGUAAAGCCUGCAGGAUGUUCCUCAGAGGCACCUUCUACCAGGGUUACCUGUGCACCAAGUGUGGCGUCGGGGCGCACAAGGAGUGCCUGGAAGUGACCCCCCCCUGCAAGAGCAGUUCUCCUGCAGACCUGGAUGCCUGUGGAGCAGGACCAGGUCCCAAGAUGGUGGCCGUGCAGAAUUACCACGGCAACCCCGCUCCCCCGGGGAAGGCGGCCCUGACCUUCCAGACGGGCGACGUGAUCGAGCUGCUGAGAGGGGACCUCGAGUCUCAGUGGUGGGAGGGUCGGCUGGUGCAAACCAGGAAGUCAGGUUACUUCCCGAGCUCAUCCGUGAAGCCCUGUCCCGUGGAUGGAAAGCCACCCAUCAGCCGGCCGCCCUCCCGGGAGAUCGACUACACCGCGUACCCCUGGUUUGCCGGCAACAUGGAGAGGCAGCAGACCGACAACCUGCUCAAAUCCCACGCCAGCGGGACCUACCUAAUCAGGGAGCGGCCGGCCGAGGCGGAGCGCUUUGCCAUUAGCAUCAAGUUCAACGACGAGGUGAAGCACAUUAAGGUGGUGGAGAAGGACAGCUGGGUCCACAUCACUGAAGCCAAGAAAUUCGAAAGCCUCUUGGAGUUAGUUGAGUACUACCAGUGCCACUCGCUCAAAGAGAGCUUCAAGCAACUGGACACCACGCUCAAGUACCCCUACAAGUCACGGGAACGCUCAGCCUCCAGAGCCUCCAGCCGGUCCCCAGCUUCCUGCGCUUCCUACAACUUUUCUUUUCUCAGUCCUCAGGGCCUCAGCCUUGCUUCUCAGGGCUCCUCCGCGCCCUUCUGGUCAGUGUUCACGCCCCGCGUCAUCGGCACGGCCGUGGCCAGGUACAACUUCGCCGCCCGGGACAUGCGGGAGCUCUCGCUGCGGGAAGGCGACGUGGUGAAGAUCUACAGCCGCAUCGGCGGGGACCAGGGCUGGUGGAAGGGCGAGACCAACGGCCGGAUCGGCUGGUUUCCUUCAACGUACGUAGAAGAGGAGGGCGUCCAGUGACAGCAAGUGUGCGGCCGGGACUUGCGGACUUUCUCGGAGGAGUUGCUCCAGCUCUGAAGUCUGCCUCUAGCCCGUGACUCGGAGGGGAGUUGCCCGCCAACCUUGCAGCCUUCCACAGCCCGUGGGGGAGGGGGUGCUCGAAGUCCUGCACGUGGACGGUCCUGCCAUCAGCCUGCCCCAGGCGGCCUGUCCUGGGUACGCUGCUUGUACAUAGAGGGGAUCCAGGCCAGCCCUGCUUGCCUGCCACCACCAGUGUGCUGAGGAGAGGGAGCACCAGUGGCACCCGAGCCAGGUGCUGGGUGACCGCUGAGGCCAGAGCACGCCUUGCUCCUGUCCCGUUGAGAUGGCCCUCGGGAGCCUAGGUCUGAAUAGCAGAUGCUGGUGGGGGAGGGCUGGGGACUGCAGAGGGGACCUUCCCCUGGCCCCUCCUGCUCAGGCUCUGGACCCUCAGCCCUCCUGCUUCCUGCUGCUCCCAGGGGGAGGCUUCAGGCCUUGAGAGGCAGAAGGGACUGCAGCCAGGCUGCGGCCCCUGCCCGGCCCCAGCUGUGCGUGGUACGGAGGAGGAGAGCGUGGUGAGGGCCUGUGCGGCCCCCGACCCCCCACGGACGUCUGCACCGGGGGCGUGCGGAGGCCCCCGGGGCAGGCCGCGCUCUCGGGGGAGCCAGAGGGACGUCGCCGACCCUGCCCCCAGUCAGUGGUACUGCCCUUUGCCCCGCGUCCUUGGUGUGUCUGUCCUGUCCUGCUGCCAAGUGGCUGCGGCCUUUGUAACCCUGAUGUGGGCGGGGAAGAAAGCGGGGUUCCCCCUCGCUCGGCCUCUGCUGCUCACCCGCCUCCCCUGGAGGAGGCUCCCCACUGCUCCCAGGCAGGCGGGCCCUCUGGGCCUCCCGUGUCCUGCAAGGUGGCCCCUGAGGGUCUCCCCAGCCUUUGCACAGAUGUUGGUUCUAGCCUUGGCAAGUUUUUCUUCCAAGGGCUCCUGCCGCCCACAAAACGGGACCGUGGCCAGCCGAAAUAAGUGCUCUUGGGGGUGGCUCCACCCCCUGAACUCCCCCUCCUCACUCCUCCUGGCCCUUGACCUCUGACCCUGUUCCCUCUGCCCGGACGUUGCAUGAGACCUAGUGACCCUGUCUCCUCCGAGCUCCGCGCCAAAGCUGCAGUGAGACCCGGGCUCUGUGGCUCGCCUUCUCCCUUCGAUCAGCUGCACGAGACUGGGUGUCGUGAGGGCUGGAUCUUGCCGGCCUGGGCGCUGGUGGCCUCUCUGCGGCCGGGGGUUCUCCUGAGUCGCUCACCCAGCCAGCAUCCUGGUGUGGGGAGGAGAUGGGGAGGGGUCCGAGAGUAGCAAGGAGGAGGGGAGGCAGCCAGUGACGGCUUGGAAGUGAGGGUGACAGGACUGCGUUUGGGGGCCGUGGGGGAAGAAGGGGAAGGAAGACUUUUCCCCGGAGAGAGCAGGCCUGAACCCCUGUCAUUGGGGCGCAGCCAGCACUUUGCGCCCGACCUUGCCCGGUUGGCCCGGCCGUGAGCCCGGGACGGGAGAGGAGGAAGGCGGCCUGCCUCUUGUGUUUACGGUUGUCAGAAAGGUUUUGGCUUUGGUUUUUGUUGUUGGGUUUUGUUUUGUUUCGUUUUUGGUUUGGCUUGUUUGCUUUUUAAGGGGGGAAAAAGGCUUGUGAUUAUUUCAUCCAAAGCUCCCAUUUUCUAUCUGUGAAUAAGAAGGAAGAGAUUUUAUCAGACAAGAGAUUAACGUAUAUUUGAGAUCAUCAUGAAACAAGGUGUCAUGGUAACAACACUGAGAAAACCUGAUUUGGAACCCUGGUUCUUGUGAAUGUUUUGUUUUGUUUUUGUUUGUUCUGAAACCUGGAUUCGGUUUGCUUUGGUUUUGCACUGCAGGGUGCGGGCGGAGAGGAGGGCUGGGUGGAGGCUGGGGUCCGGGUGGUUUUGGCAGGAGACCAGGAGACGGGAUGCCCUCAGGGGGGCUGCGGACCCGGGGCCUGAGAUUAGCUGUGAACACUUAGGAGCCCGAUGCAUGCGGGUCAGGGAUCUGGGGGUCCUGCAGCUGGUGGUGACCCCAAAUGGAAUACAGACUGUACAUUUGCCAAUAGGUUUUUUCAGACCACGGUUUUUACUGCAAAUAAACCCGAAUUCUUUUCUGCAA